AAAAGCGCGACUUAUUAAAAAUGUGUUAUGCAUUUUCCUUUGCAGUCGAUGUCGAUAAUUAGCAACACGAAUUUGACGAAAAUCGCGAUACGACGACAUUGGAGAUAAUCCAGUGCUUAUUGUUUUUGUUUACGUUUACAUUACUCUUAUUGCUACUAUUAAUUUGUGUAUAAACGUUAGCUAGUUAAAUUUAUACGUAAUGAGCGAGGAGGAGCAGCUAGAUUAUGUAGAGGACGCGGAGGACAGUAGCUCAGCGGAACUGUCGCUAAUACAGGCGGGUAAUGUAAGCAGCGCGUCGGGGUCGACGCGUUUGGACACCUUGCGUGAGAAUCUAAGCAAACAGCAAGAGAGAUUGCUGGCGUUGCGUGAGCGAGCCUUGAGAAAAUCACAAGAGGAAACCAAUCAACGCCAGUCUAGUAUGAAUGACUCCAUGGAAUCGCUCAGCCAGAGGCUAAGUCAGCUCAAAACGCGUAGCACUGAGGCCAACAGUUCCAUAUGUAGCUCUGAGCUGCAACCCCAAGGUAUGUCAACGCCUAUGUUGACACCAGCUAGGGAUAACGCCAGCUCCAAACUGCAAAUGCUUAAUCAACGCACCGAACAGAAUCGAGCGCUGCUGGAGCAGCGCAAACGUAAUCUAGCCCAGUCUCUUCAGUCCGUUAGAACAGGAGUGCGCAUUGAGUUGGGCUCGUCCAUGAACGAUCUGCGCGAGCACCUCGCAGCUGUCGAGCCGCCCGUGUCCAGGCAUCGUUCCGCUUUGAAUCUACAAGAACAGCAGCAAGUAACCAGCGAGGAAAGUCAACUUAAACUGCUGCGCAACAAGUUGAAAGUUCUCGAGUUGAAACAAAGCCGCAAAGAAUUAGAGUUGGAACAGAAAGUGGUCGAACUGCGCAACGAGCUUGAAAAGAAGGAUCAAGAACUAGCUGAGCGUACCCAACAAAACGAGCAGCUUGAAAAGUUAUCCAGCCAGACGGAGGAAAAACCGUCGGUGGCAGAAGCUUUGGAAUCCUCUAGCCUGGCUGCUCAGCAAUUAGAGCGUCAACAGGAACAGUUGACAGAACUGCGUGCACGUAACUCUGAGCUGGAGCAUGCGAAUGAAUUGCUGGAAGCCACACGCUUAGAACUUCAUGAGGCGCGAGAGAAACUGCUGGAGUUGGAGCAACAAAAUCAGACCCCAGUGCCGGCCAGCACAGAUGAGCAAGUAAACAUGGAACUGGCCAAGCAGCUGCAACAGUUGCAACAGCAAUUGGAGCAGCUGCAAGCGGAGCGCAGUGAACAACAACAACAACAAAUGCCCAGCGAACUGGAGGCCACAGUUGAGCAGCUGCAAGCUCAGCUGGCGGCACAAGAGGAUGAGCUGGCAGAAAAAACAACCGAAUUAAAUGUGCUCAAUGUAAAUAUGCGACUGCUGGAGGAAAAGCUGGCGCAGAGUGCAAAGAGUAAACCCAUAUUCCUAGCUGAAGAUACAAAUCCGGAUGCAGAUGAUCAGACCGAGCAGCUGGCGCAACUCAAACGACAACUGGAUGAGGCCAACAAGGUGAACAUUAAGUUGAAACUACGUUGCAAAAAGGCUGAAAACAAGCUGACUCAGAUGCAGAAUAAGGAUGAAACACAACAGCAACUGUCCAAGUUACAGGCGGACAAUGAGCAGCUGCAGCAACGCAUCACAAUGCUGGAGGAUGAAAAGGGACAGCUGCAGUUGGCGCAUAUGGAACAGGAGCAGCAAAGGGAAAGCGAGCAAAAUGAACCGCUGGUGCUGCAGCUGGAGGAACGUGUGCAACAAUUGGAGUGCGAGAAACUGGCGCUGGACAAGCAGCUGAGUCACUACAUUAACGAAAACAUGGAGCUGCUGAACAAAGUGGAAAAAUUAAGCGCUAGCAGCUCGGCGGAGUCAAUAGAAAUAGUAGAGCGACCCACCGAGGAGGGCGAACCUGUCUUGGAGGUGGGCCGCACCACGCCCAGUUUUGUUAGCGAAGUUACGCAAACGGAUGCGGAUGCCGAAGUGCAGGAAAGUCUUAGUCAACUGCGCGCCGAAUCAGAUGAACUGCUUCAAAGGAUUGAACUGUUCAGCACAGAACGACGCGAAGUGCUGGCAAAGCUGGAGCAACUGCAAACCGAAAAUGCUGCACUGCAGGCACAGCUUGCUCCGAAUCUUUCGCAAGAGCUAAGCUCCAUGCAGCGCUCCUCUGAAGUUGUGGCUGCUUUGGACUGCGGCAAUGCCGCAAAUCUGCUUGAGAACUGUGAGCACGCGCUGGACAAGCUCAGCACAGAGCUGCAGGCAUAUGGCCAGGCGAAUGAGCAACGCGCCAAGCUCAACGCUUGCAAGAAACUUGCCAAGCAGGCAAAGCUAGUGCAUGCCCAGCUUAGCGAGCUGCUGCUCAAGGUGAAGGAGUCGAGCUCGGCAGUGGAAACGGUCACGGUGGUGGAAACAGUGGUGGCUGUUACAGCGCCCAAUGGCAAAGCCUUGGCGGAGUAUGAGCAGCUGACAGCUCAAAAUCUGGAGCUUAAGGCUGCCUUGGCGCGCAUGCAGGCACAGCAGGAAUCGCAGCAGGCUGGCAACUUGGCCAUCACCUCGGAUCAAAGUCAGCAGCUGGUGCAGCAUGAGGAGGAGUUGGCUAAACUGCGUGCCCAGCUCAAGUUCCGCAAGCAGGAGCAACAGCGUCAGCGUCAGCAGCACGAUGCGCAACUGGCUGCCAAGGUGACCGAGCUGGAUGAGCUGCAGUGUCAGUUGGAUGACUAUAAGGCGCGCGCGCUGGAGCUGCAAAGUGACAGCAACCAGUCGGAUGAGCAAUUGGCGCAGUUGCAAACGGAGCAGGAUGCGCUGCAGCAGCAGCUGCUUAAGCAACAAGAGCAGGCGGAAGCGGACAAAGCUCAGCUACGCACUGAGCUGGAGCAAGUGCAGCAAGAGCUGCAUUCGCGGGAGCAGAAGCAACUGCGUCAGCGCAAACAGUUUGAGCUCAAGCUGGCGGCCAAAAACAAAGAAUUCACUGAGCUGGAAUCAGAGCUGAGUGUGCAAUUGGAACGCGCCUGCGUCGCCGAGCGUGAGCUGCAACAUCAGCUGGAACGCACAAAGGAGCAACUGCAGCUGCGCCAGCAAGAACUGAUGGAAGUGGAGCACGAGCGCGCCACGCUUAGCCGCGAGGCAACGAUGCUGCGUCUGCAGCAAGACAGCGCCGAGCAGGAUGUGCUGGAGCUGCAAGAGCUGCGCAUGCAGUCCAUACAGGACAGGACUGAGCUGGAGAAUAUGCGCGCCCAAAUCGAUUCGCUGUGCGCCAAUCACACGCAGGAGCUGCAGGCACUGCAGCAGCGCAUUGCCGAGCUGGACACGCUGGGACAGCAGCAAACCGAUGAAGAAGCGGAAAACAAGCGUCUCACUGCCAAAGUGCGGGAUCUGCAGGAUCAGCUCUCACGACAGCAGCAGUCCGCCUCCGUCGCACUCUUUGAUGCUGCCCCUGAUGAUGAUGAGCCAACAAUCUUUGAUCAGAUAUUAGCAUCCGCACCGGUUGGAUCGUUGGCGUCUGUGUCGCGUCGGCAACAUAAUGUGUCCGACUGGGAGAAGCUCGCCAGGGAUCUGCAAGAGCAGCUGGCGGAAAGUAAUCAAAGUCUGCGUGAGCUCAGACAUCGAGUGCAGCGCGAUGUGGAUCAACAUGAAGCAGCGGAGGAACGUCAACGACUCGCUCAGAUGGAAGCACUCAUCCAACCCGUGGACGCCGGCGCUGCCAGCUUGCAUCAAUUCUUUGCUGCUGCCGAUGCAGCCUUAGCAACGACUAAACAGCAACAGCCACAACUGCAGCUGGGAGCGCAGGAUCAGCCAGUGGAAGAGCCGCUGAUUAGGCCCGAACGCGCUUAUCUGUGUCAGCCCGAGGCGAAUGCUUUGGCCGAACUUCAGUCGCGCUAUGCGGAACUGGAACAACAAAAGAGCGAACUGCAUACCAAGUGCGCCAAGCUAAUGAAGCGUCUUAAAGAGUAUCGCAGCAAGGAGCAAAGUGCCAAGAACUCAGCAGAUGCGGAGCAAAGUGUCAAGAGCUCAGUAGAUGCGGCGCCAAGUACAAAGAGCUCAGCAGAUGCGGAGCAGCUGCAGCAGGCAACGGCAGAACGUGAGCAGCUGUUGAAUCAACUGCAACAGGCCAAUAUGUUGAACAUGCGCCAGGAGGACCAACUGCAGCAAUUGAAAGCAAUCAAGCAGCAGCAGCUGCAGCAUAUUCAGCAGGAGCGGGAGCAAACAGCGGCCGAACGCCAGGAGCUGCUGGAUCAAUUGCAAGAGUCCAAUGCUGUCCAGAUACGCCAGCGGGAGCAACUGCAGCAAAUGCAUGUGCAACUCAAGCAGCAAAAACACGUGAGCAAGGAGCGGGGACAGUCAGCCAGGUCAGAGCUCAAGGAAUUCGAGCAAUUGCAGCAGGAGCAGCAAAGGGAGCUUGAGCGACUAAGGCAAGAAAAUAGGCAAAUGCUGCAGCGUCAAGCGGAGUCAACUCAGCAACAUGCUGGACAGCUGGAGUCACUGCAGCGGGAGCUGAAGUUACAACAACAAGCAUUGCAGCAAAAGCAGUCGGAGCACGCCGAAAAUUUCGAGCAACAGCAGCAGGAGCAGCAACAAAGGGAACAACAGUUGUUGGAGCAACUGCAGCAAUCCCAACUGGAGCUAGAGCAGCAGCGACAAGCACUGGAGCAACUGCAGCAGCAACAACAAGCUAAACAGGAUCAGGAGCAGUCAACGAGAUCGGAACUGCAACAAUUGGAGCAACUGCAGCAGUCACAGCUAUUGGAACUUGAGCAACUGAGACAGCAAAAUGCGGAGCUUCAAAAGCAGGCGCAGCAGCGCGAAGAGGAGACUUCCCAGCAAUAUGCUGGUCAGCUGGAUGCACUGCAACGGGAGUUGCUGCAACAACAGCAAACUGUGCAACAAAAAGAGUCGGAGCAUGCCGAAAAGCUCGAGCAACUGCAGCGCGAGAAGCUACAAAGCGAGCAACAGCUGCUGGAGCAACUGCAGCAAACGCAAGCGGAGCUGGAACGGCAGAAACAAGCGCUGGAGCAACUGCAGCAAACGCAAGCGGAGCUGGAGCGUCAGAAACAAGCGCUGGAGCAACUGCAAGCGCAACAAACUUCUGCGCCAGCUCCAGAUAUGGACGCAUUGAGGCAGCAUUGGGAGGCGCAGAUGGAUCAGCGUUGCAGCGAGGUGGCAAGCAGCUGGCAACAGCAUCUGGCACAGCUGGAGGCAACGCACCAGGCUCAACUGCAGCAGUUGACUGCAGCACAAGCUGUCGAGGUGUCCACUGGGUUGCCCUAUGAAACGCUGCUGGCGAAUCUUGAGUCAGAGAAUGCGGAGUUGGACCACCAGAAAAUCGAAUUGAAUACCAAGCUGGCCAAGCUAAUGAAGCGUCUCAAGGAGUAUCGCGCCAAGGAGCAGCAGCCGCAGCAAAAGCAGCAACAGCAGCAGAGUCAGAGCAGUCCCGAUCUGGAUGGCGCCAUUAUAGAAGAGCUGCGUCAUCAGCUGCAAUUGGUGGAGACGCGUCAAGCGCAAAGCGCCGAGCAACUGCAGCAGGCGGCGACGGAGCGUGAAAAGCUCAUGAAGCGCAUCGAUGUGCUGAGCGCUGGCAAUGAGCGCAUGACGGAGCUUAAGGAACGCCAGGAUAUGGAUGUGCAAAUGUACCAGACACGCAUUCGUGAGCUGCAGGACAAACUGCAGCAGUUGGAGAGCUGGGGCGACGAACCGAGCAGUGUGACGCCCGUUGAAGUUGCUGCGACGACGACUGCGCCAGCAAGUGAUGAUAGGUUGGAGCAAUUGCAGACGGAUAAUCAGGAAUUAUUAAUGGAAUGUCAGGAGCUCAAGGAGCGCCAGGAUACGGAAGCACAGCAGUACCAGAAACGCAUUCGUGAGCUUCAAGCUAAGGUGGAACAGCUGGAGAGCUGGGUCGGUGAGCAAAUCGGCGUUUCGACGGGCACGCAAGUGUCAGAUGACAAGUUGGAGCAAGUGCAGGCAGAGAAUGAGGAAUUGCAUGUGGAAUGCCAGGAGCUAAUCAAACAGAAGCAACAGUUGGAGCAGCAGCUGACACAACUACAGCAGCAACAGGUUAGUCUGGCGAAGGAAACGGAAGUAAACAAGUUUGAAGCUGAGAAGGAGCAAUAUCAACGUAGCUUGGAGCAGGCACAUCAAGAUAAGCAGCAAAUGGAACAGCAGUUGGCCAGUGUGACUAAACAGUAUAAGGAUCAAGAGCAAACCAUUGAGCAGCUGCAGCAUGAGAGGCAGCAAAUUCAGGAACGUGAGCAGCAAGAAAAGGAGCAACUGCAACGCGAGCUGGCGGAUCUGCGAGUCAAUUCAGAGCAGCUGGCAGUCAAUGAUGAAUCUACGGCACUGUUACAGGAGAAGGAGGCCGAGAUAGUGCAUCUGAAGCAGCGUAACCAGGAGCUCAUGCAGGAAAACCAAACCGAGGCGCUGGUGCUGGAGCUGUUGACCAAAAAUCAGGAGCUGCAGAUGUUGCGCAUGCAGGUCAAGCAGCUGGAAGAAGACAAGCUGGAACAUCAAGCUGCGCACAACACGGAACUGCAACUGGAUGCAGUGCAGCAAACUCAGCAAGCGGCCGAAUUGGAGCAGCAACUAAGUCAGCUGCAAGCGGAAAAGCAUGACAUGGAGGAGGAGCUGCGCGUGUUGAAUAACCAUGUGCUGGCCAGUCUGGAACUGGAGGAUAAACUCAAGCAGGCGGUGCUGCAGCUUGAUACGAAGACCAUCGAGAUCAGCGAGUUGCGCAAGAGUGUGGAGACGCUACAACAGCAGCAGCAGCAGCAGCAACAGGUGGCACCUGUGCCUAGUCAAGAUAUGGAGAAGCUGAAUCAGCAAUGGGAAGCUUUGGUAGAGCAGAAAUGCGGUGAGGUUGCCAGCAGCUGGCAGCAGCAUUUAGCGCAGCUGCAGGCAGCACAUCAGCUGGAGCUUGAGCAGCUUAGGGCAACGCAGCCAGCAAUCGAAGUCAAGACGGAGUCGGCGUCCACGUCCACGGCGAAUCCACAACCAAUGGAUGCAAGUAAAUUGCAACAGGCACUUGAAGCGCAGGAAAUGGAAAUAGUCACGCUCAAGGAGCAACUGGCCAUACGCUCAGCGGAAUAUGCGCGUCUUGCUUCCCAGUACGAUCCUUUCCGGCUGCAGGGCACGCGCGGCGGUGCCGCGCCAACUGGAGCCGAUGAUACUCAAGCGGAAUACGUGCCCAAAUCGGAUCUGGACUAUGCAUUAAUGAUGCUGCAUCAACGAGAUAUGCGCGUCGAGGAGAUGAUACUCGAACUGGUUCAACUUCUGGGCGAACGUGAUCAUCUGCAAUUGAAGCUUUCGGAUACGCUGCGGCAGCUCGAAGCUGAGCGCAGUCGACUCGGCGAUGAAGGUGCUACAGGUGGUGUGGGUAACGUCACUGCCUCUUCUUCCUCACCCACUUCGGGUAGUCCAAGCAAAAUCAGUCUUGACAGCAACAGCGAUCUAACAGCAAGUGCAGGCGCCAGCGGCAGUGACCUUAAGCAGAAAUUGGCUGAACUCCAGACGAUAAAACAUUCCAAGGACAAGGCAUUGGUGGAUGAACGCGAGCAGCGGCUGCAGCAGAUGAUGCAGCUGCAAAGAGAUAUGGCCAAGCCAGCCAACGUCUCGUCACAGCCUCCAGAUAUUGAUUCAUUGCAAUCAACGCAGCGUUCACCACAAAUCGGUCUCAUGGACUGGAUAAUGGGAAAAAGCGAAGAGGAAGCGCCUACUAAAUUACAGAACUAGGAACGAUUUAGCGACCUAUUAAAUUUACAACUAACUCUUAUGCAAAUUAGUAUUAGAGUUCAAUAUUAUGUGUACCUUGGAAAUAUAAAAACAAUAGCAUCAAAAGUAACCAUGAGCAGCAUGCAAAUACACUCAAUACUUAUUCCCGACUUGUUAAAAUACAUAAGUUCUAUGUUGUAGAUAUGUAUAAAUGUAAAAACGAAUAAAAAA